AUGUCUCGACAUCAUACGGGUAGUCCUGAAAGGCAUAGGUUCACAAAUGAUAUUAUUGUACUUGGUACAAAGCCUACAAAUAAGUAUAAUACUUAUUGUGUAUGUAAGGCUUGUGACGAAAUACUUGGCCGGGAGGAAACUUUAAAAAAUCCAAUUACCAAUAAAAAAAAUAUUGUUAGAAAUCAUCUUAAAAACUGUGAACAUUUUCAUGUGAAGAAAGGAUUAGAAGAAGCAGUAAAAAUAUAUUGUAAUAAAACAGAUGAUGAAGAGCAGGCUUCACAAACUUCAAUAAAACACCAAAACGCCGAUACAUUAGUAGAUAAUAUGAAUGACGAAACUUUUAGCGUUUCUUCAACACCUUCAACACCUAAAAAGCAAAGAAAAAAACCAUUGAAUUCUAAUACUAUAUCCAAUUUCAUUGUCAAAGAUGUUUCUGUUAAAGACAAACCUAAAUUUGAAAGAUUGUUACUUCAAAUGACAAUUUCAAAUGGAUGGGCUUUUAAAUGGACAACAAAUCAAGCAACUUGGGAGUUUUUUGAGUUCUUAAACCCAGCACUUACCCUUCCUGCUAGACAUGCUUUAUUAAAUUGUAUCCUUGAUGCCGAAAGAAAUAACUUUAUAAAAUCACAUGAACAAAAGUUAAGAGAAGAUGUCAUCAGAAAAAAUAUUUUGAAACAAAAUAUUUUUGGUUUAUUAUUUAUUUUAUCAACUGGAGAAGUUCAAGUUUGGGAAGCAAUUGACGUUAGUUCAGAGCGAGAGCGGAUGAUCGAUAUUAUCUCUAAAAUUAAGAAAAUGAUUAAUGAUGCUUCGAAUAUAGGAACAAAACUACUGGCAAUAGUUUCUGAUAGCGCAUCAGCAUAUUCUGCUGCUAGGGUCCAUUCAUAUUUUAUUGGAAAACUUCGAGUCUUACAAAAGCAAACGUAUUCAAAAUAUAUUGCUUUAAUUUGUCCAGGCAAUACUCGUUGGAAUUCUUAUUUUUAUUGUUUUAAAAGCCUAAUAAAAUCCUGGCAAGCUUUAAGAAACUUAGCUACUACAUUUGAAUCGCCUUUAACCUAUGAUUCUAACAAUGAAGAAUCAAAUAGUUCAGAUGAACUUUACCUUCCGCAAAAUAUUACAUUGAUUCUUCUUAAUGACAACUUCUGGCAAUCGAUAACUCAGCUAAGUUCUUUGCUUCUUCCUUAUUGUGGUGCUCUUAACAGUUUACAAUCAGAUACUGCUCGUCUUUAUAAUAUGCUACAGGCUUUUGGUGGAAUAUUAAGAAUGUGGCAAGAAUACUCAGAUUAUAGUUUGGCACAACAUAUAAUUCAGCGGCUAGAGCAAAGAUGGAAGCAAUGGAAACAACCUUUAUUAUUAUUGGCUUUUCUUUUAAAUCCAAAUAUUUAUAUUUCCUGGUUUAACGCUAAUAAUAAAAAUUUAAACUUUACAUACCUUGCUCAAUUUGUCACCUAUUAUUACAAAGCAUGGUUUGGACAUCAGCCAAUCUGUAUUUUACUUGAACUAGAAGACUAUAGAAAACAGAAAUAUCCCUUUGAUUCUGCAACAUAUAAACAAUUUGGAAAGAAUAUAUUAGGAUUCUGGGAAUUUGCUUCUUUUUCUUCAAAAGAAUUAGGCCCAUUGGCACUGCAUUUAUUUGAAAUCUGUGUUAAUGCUGCAUCUGUGGAACGUUUAUGGAGUUCAAUGGGUUUUAUACAUACCAACUGUCAAAAUCGUCUUACACGCAAACAAGUCCAUACCUAUAAUAUUAUGUAUAGCCAAUCCAGCGCACCACCAAUUGGUGAAGCUAUACCAAAUAAGUUUGAAGCAGAUUUGGAUGAAGAACACAAUGAGCUGUAUGAUAUAGAACCAUCAAACCUUGAGAAUUGGAAAAAUCAAUUACAUGAUUGGGAACAAAUGCUAACAGAUGAAGAGACUGCCAGAUUAGAAGAUAAAGAAGAAGAACAUGAUAAUUAUUAUGACAGUAUAGAAAGUGAUUUGUUGAGCGAUUAUACACACCCGGUGGUAGACGACAAAGCAAAAUAG